AUGAUGAAGGACGUGUAUGCUAAUAGUUCUAUCAACAUAUGCGCUUCAGCUGCGGCAGAUUCUUCAGAGGCAAGCUUCCAGCGCAGGGACCUAAGCAUGUUAUCGCCGUUGGAUUGGACUGGUCUCCUCGAUUGCGAUGACAUCGAGAGCGAGCUUGGUCCACUUCCAGCAUACCUCCAGCGGAUCAAAUUCAAGCUUGUAAAUACAAGCAUGUACGAGUCAGAUCUAUCAAACGCGCCGCUUAAUCUUCGCGCUUGGGUCUUCCAGGAACGUAUUUUAUCACGACGUCAUCUUUAUAUGACUUGCAACCAGCUCUGGUGGGAAUGCCGCGGUAUGUGUGCUUGCGAAGUGUUCCCAGCAGGGAUUCCCGAUCGUCUGGAUCCUAGCCGUACGGACACAGACGAGGGAUACAGGGUCCAAUACUAUGCGUUAGGCGGCCAUCGUCAUCAUUCUAUUGACAAUGGAGCGGCAUUGGAUUCUUCUUCGGCAGGCCAAAGGAAGAGAGUUACUCAGGGCGAGCUUGCCCGGCAUGCACCGUUCAGCGGUCCAUCGGAAGUUGAUAUGUACGAGCUUUGGAACAGGCUCGUUGAGCGGUACUCCCAGUGCAAUAUCACCUACUCAUCUGAUAAGCUACCCGCGCUAUCUGGGCUUGCAAAGAGCUUCAGCAUCUUACAAGGCUCAGGGUUUGCUCUCAACGGACAAUCUUAUCUCGCCGGCGUUUGGCGACCAUAUUUACCAGAAGCUCUAUAUUGGAAACCAAAGCCACCAUUGCGGGGCGAUGUCCCGUUUGGCAGGAACCGACCUCAUCCAUACCGUGCCCCCUCAUGGUCUUGGUCAUCGGUGGAGAGCCCGGUCGAGUGGAUUAAUUCUGGGCAAUUCACGGAACCGGCCUGCCGCGUAGAGGAUGCGAAGGUACUUCACCUGGACGAACGGUAUGAGGCUGGCAUGGUGAAGGGUGGUAUCCUGCACCUGAGGUCCCGUCUUAUUGGACCUUUCACCUACGAAGAGUCGCCACUGAUGAACUUGACCCCAAGUCCAGCCCUAGAUAGUCGUGUUAGGGUGGCUCUCUGCUCUGCAGAGAAGGAAUGUGUGACUUGCUGGGAUGAAAGGGAUUUCGAUUCCCAAAAGUGGUGCAUCAGCUACCUGGAUCCGCUUCCAGAUACUGUGCACGAGGACGGCAUCUUGAAUGGCACAGAAACCGUGCGGAAAACGGUGUCGCUCGAGGCUUCGGCAAAAGAUCCCCGCAUACGACUUUUUCUUGUGCCUCUUUUUCAACGGUGGGGGUUUGCCGGCGUGAUUCUCUGUCAAGUCGUAGUCGACGAAACAGACCUCGAAUGCGCUGAUGAUAAAGCUGUUUUCCAGCGGGUAGGGAGCUUCGCUUACAUGGAGAUUGAGAAAAAGGUGCUGGAUCUCAUACCGGAGAGAACGAUUGCCAUCAUAUGA